AUGGCAACUGGCCACCCGGCAGAGUCAUUGGCCAUACCGACAUCACAAAAGGCGGAGCGGCCGGAGAGUUCCACCGGAAUCAAAGGAAUUCCACCCGACGGCUACGAAGAUGGAGUCUUGACGAAAUACACUCAGUUCUGCAACGACGAGGCGUACCGCCGCGAAGUGGAUUGCUCCGGAGCGAUCAAAGUGUAUAUCGACAUAGCUGCACAUGACCUGAAAGCGGUGGAUGAUCAUCAUGAAGAGUUUCACAUGGUGUUUGUGCUGAAACUGUCUUGGCUGGACCCGGACCUGAAGAACUAUAAGUCGCGCGUGGCUGUUCGAGAAAUUGACGGCAAAUCGAAGAUUCAUCUGCGCAAGCUCGACGUCAUCAUCACGAAGAUGUAUGCGAACGGCGAUAUCGAAUACAUCGACAUGUCCGAUGUCCAUCAGACUGUUCAAAAUCUCCGGAAGAACGAGUAUGUCACUAUUCAAGAGCCCGACUGGAGCGAGUAUUUCUUUCCCUCAUACUCGAUCCUGAACCUGCAGCAUGGAACGGAAAACCAAGUUGUUUUCCGAAAGUUGCUAUGGUCUGACGAGAAUGGUGGAUUUGCCACGUAUUCGAUUAAGUACGACGCGACUUUGAAAGAAAGUCUGGACCUGCGCAGGUUUCCGCUAGACCGCCAGUUGUGCAGGAUCAGGCUGACGGCCGAACGAACAAUUGACGAAUUUCAGCAGCUUGGUCUCACAAUACC